AUGGACAGUGGAAAUAACGUUGCCUCGGAGCCGAGGGGAGCUGUGGAUGUGACCUCAGCAGCUCCAAUCGGGGCGGAGUUAAACGCCGAACCUUGCGAAGGUCGCAACCAAAGGAGGGAGGCUGCCUUAAGUGCUCAAACACGCCGGCGAAAUUCGGCCCGCCGAGCUCGGAAUGCCCAACAGGCUGACGAGCCCGGCGAUGAUGAGGAAAUAGAGACACACGGGCCUCUAACUAUCCGGACGUCGGAGCCGAUGGAGAUUGUCGCAAUAGCGAAAAACCCACAGGCCUGUCCCAAAUGCCUGCAGGGAGGUACCCAACUUCUCUGCAUGGGCAGCUGGGAAUUAAGCAGGCACAUUAAUAAAGAACAUCCGUCAGUCGACGUGACCUGGGUGUGCGGUGCUUGUCAAAGGCGCUGCACAACGCUCAGGUCGUGGAGCUGUCAUGUUCUUCACUGUAAGGGGCGACAAGAACCAAAGGAUCUGCCGUUCAAAUGUGAGCAUUGCAGCUUGUCGUUUGACUCGCAAAUCGGACUCUCUCAGCACGAGAGGCAUGUCCAUCCAGAGGUGCGAAACGAUAAGCGCGCGGCAGAGGCCAAUAAGCCAAAGGGCAAGAGUGGCCGUAGGCCUUCUAUAUGGUCCGACGAAGACUUGCUGCUCAUCCGGGAAUUAGAGAGCGAAUACCACGGAGCUCGAAAUAUCAAUGAAAAAAUAGCUGAACAUUUCCCGGAUAGAACAGGCAGACAGGUGUCGGACGCCCGGAGGCGAAAGGAUUAUGCCGCGCUCCGAGGGAGAGGAGGCCCGCAAGGCCCAGCAGAAGGAGUCGAGGCCAUUGAAGAGGUAGACGAAGGCGAAAUCCCUGAGGGGGAAGAGCUGGUCGCCACCGAUGGCGCUGCGUUGGAAAGCGGCCCCCCGGAGAAUGGAGGGAGCGCACCCGCAGAACAAGUCAAUGCGCCCGCGCUGGAAAGCAGUUCUCAGCAAGAUCGAGAGUGCAGCCCGGCAGUGGGGUCCGAUGAACAAAUCGAGGACAGCAGUGACGACGACGAAUUCAGCGACGCAUUAGGAGAAAUAUCACUCCCAGAACCUCUCUCGGUUGAACGCACAACAAUCUCACCACCUCCUCGAGAUGACUGGAAAGGCCCAAUGAGGUGGGAGAUUUGCAAUGCGAGCGAAGAAGCCGGAAGUUACGCGAACUGGGUGACUGGACUGCAGGAGCUAGUCAGGAACAAUGCGCUGAGUGAAAUAGGACUAGACUCCCUGUAUGACCAGCUCAUCCAGAUUAUGCGGCACCCUUCCGAUGACAACGAACAGGAUCACCUUCAAUUGAACGCUAGAGGCCCCCCACGAAGGGGCCACCGCAAGAACCGACGGCGCCGUCGUCUCACGGCCGCUGAUCGAAAGCGGUUUGCCUUUGCCAGGUGCCAAGAUCUUUGGAACAACAACCCAAUGAAGCUAGCCGAGUUAGUGAUUGCCAAUGACCUGUCUAUUCUCCAAAGCCGCCAAGCGCCAGGUAGAACGGAGACACAGACUCUGUACAACGAGCUGUGGGGGAGGGUCGGACCUAAUAUCGAAGCGCCAAGGCGCACCGAGGACCCGAUACCCGUAUCGAGGAUCUUCAAUCCGAUCACUCCCCAAGAGAUAAUGGGCAGAAUCAGGCGAAUCAAAAACGACUCGGCAGCGGGCCCUGACGGGGUAACGAAGGAUGACCUGAGAGGAAGAGGAGUCAGCAUAGCCCUCUCCAAGCUGUUCAACUCGAUCCUGCUAGCGGGUUACUACCCAAAGGCAUGGAGAGAGAACAGAACAACCCUUCUGCCGAAGCCAGACAAAGAUCCUGCUGACGUUAAGAACUGGCGGCACAUUACGAUCAGCUCAAUGGUUAGUCGAGUCUACUCAGGCUUGCUUGACCAGCGAGUGAGGGCCAUCAUUAAGCAGUGUGAUCGGCAGAAAGGAUUCACCGAGGAAAAUGGCUGUUUCAGCAACAUACAGUUGUUGGAUGAUGCCGUAUCGAACGCAAAGAAGCGGGCGGUGUCAUUACUAUCUUGGAUGUUUCGAAAGCAUUCGAAUUCGACACUGUCCCGCAUGCCGUGA